AUGCGGCGUGCGCUCAACGUGCUGCAAAGUGCCACGCUGAUCUACGAUGUUGACGACGAGGAGGCAAUCUACAAGGCCGUCGCCCAACCAACGCCCGCACAUAUCCGCGAUAUUUUCAAGGUGCUGUUGAACGACACGCUGGCCGACUGUUGCCGGAAGCUUCAAGCCGAAUGCGUCUCCAAGUCGAUCGCCGUCGUCGACAUCAUCAAGCGGCUGCACGACGCCGUCUUCGAGCUGGACAUGCCCCCACAAGUGCACAUCGAGAUCCUAAUGGCGUUGGCCGACGUCGAGAAGCGGCUGUCGAUCGGCGGAUCGGAGAAGGUGCAGCUGGCCGGACUCUGCGCCGCCUUCAUGCAAAAGAUGAUCAUCACCCGGUUACCUCUACCGGUUAUUUCCAAGAUUCCAACGCACCUUGUUAUUUUUGCGUGCCUUUAUGACUUCUCGCGACGAACUGUGAGGGAUGGGAUCAAGACGGUCACCGAGAUGAUCCGCGAAGACGGGAAUAACUACAAGGUCGUCACCCAGUUCAAGGUCAUCAAGAAGAAGGUACCGAAAGUGGUGGCCGAGCGGAAGCACUGGAAGAAGUUUGGCGCUUCCGAGCACGACCCGGCCGGCCCACAUAUUUCGACGACAUUCGUGGCCGAAGAAGUGGAGAUGCAAUUCGUGCGCAACCGCGCCGGCGAGCAGGUGCUCGACGUGCAGGAGGAGAAGCAAGCGGCCAAGACGACCGCCCGAGAACAUUGCCGCCUGUGCAAAGGACACGACCAUUGGUCCAGCCACUGCCCCUACAAGGAGAUGUACCAGACCGAGGAGGAUCAAGCCGCCGAGGCCGCGGACAAGGCCGCCGGCCCGGGUGCCCCUGGCCGCUAUCUGGCACCGGGAAUGCGAGGCGAUCGCGUCGAUCAACGGAGAUCCGAUGAAAACACAUGCCGAGUCACUAAUCUACCGCAAGAAAUUGACGAGCAAGAGCUGCGUGCCGUUUUCCAAAAGAUUGGACGCGUCCAGCGCGUAUUUAUCGCCCGCGACAAGGUGCACAACCUGCCGAAGGGGUUCGCCUUUGUGACGUACGAGAUGCAACAAGACGCCGAGCGGGCCAUCAAAGAGUUGAACGGCUCCUUCUUCGAGCACAUGGUCAUGCGUGUCGAGUGGACAAACCCGAAAAAC